AUGCCCGCAUCUCAGGCUUCAGCCGCAACCGAUGGCAAUCAGAAGCGUCCCAACUUCCUUGUCAUCGUGGCAGAUGAUCUGGGCUUUAGCGAUCUUUCUUGCUUUGGAGGUGAGAUCAGGACUCCAAACAUUGACAAGAUAGCAAGCAAUGGCAUUCGCUUCACGGACUUUCACGCAGCGGCAGCAUGCUCACCCUCACGUGCCAUGAUUAUGACUGGAACGGACCAUCACAUUGCAGGUCUGGGAAACCUCAUCGAAUGGACAAAUAUCUCUGGUCAGAAUGCACCGGCAGAGGGCAAUGCAAAACGCUUCGAUACUGCUCCUCAGAGAGGCAUGCCAGGCUACGAAGGCUAUCUCAAUGAGAAAGUUGCUACUCUACCGGAGAUUCUGCAAGACUCUGGUUAUCUGACAAUCAUGUCUGGGAAAUGGCACCUUGGUCUGACACCCGAGCGUAGUCCAAAAGCAAGAGGCUUCGAGAGAAGCUUUGCGCAUCUGCCAGCAUGUUCAAACCAUUACGCCUACGAGCCUCAACUGCAAACGCCUGACCAGAUUCCCGAGUUCAUGACUAUGUCAUUCAUCGCUCUUCAUUCGGAAGAUGGCGGGUAUGUGAAGAAACUACCCGAUGGAUGGUAUAGUAGUGACGGUUAUGGCGACAAGAUGCUGUCGUACCUAAAAGAACGCAACGAGCAGAAAGACGAGAGACCCUUCUUCGGAUACCUCCCUUUCACUGCACCCCACUGGCCUCUUCAAGCUCCUGAUGAGUAUAUCGCUCACUACAAAGGUGUGUACGACGAGGGACCCGAAGUCCUGAGACAGACGCGUCUGCAAAGGAUGAAGGACAUUGGUCUCAUCGCUCGUGAUGUCGAAGCACAUGAAGUGAUCGCAGACGAGGUCAAGGCCUGGGAGGCUUUGACAACGGAAGAAAAAGCCAAGUCUGCUAAGGCCAUGGAGGUAUUUGCCGCCAUGGUCGAAUGCAUCGAUGCCAAUGUUGGCAAGGUCGUUGAUUACCUCAAGGAAACUGGAGAACUCGACAAUACAAUGGUCUGCUUCAUGUCUGACAAUGGUGCCGAGGGUGCAGCCUACGAAGCGUAUCCUAUCGUGCAGGGAGAAAUGAUGCAGCAUCUGCAGAGAUACUACGAUAAUUCCAUCGAAAACAUAGGUCGCGGCAACAGUUUCGUCUGGUACGGGCCACGAUGGGCUCAAGCAGCAACAGCCCCGAGUCGUCUCUACAAGGCUUUCACUACCGAAGGUGGUGUUCGUGUACCCUUCGUCGUACGCUUCCCUGCAACUGUAGAGACUCGGUCUGACGGCUUCAUCGAUGGUCCUGUAGAGGUUGCUAGUUCUGGUUCUCAUGUCAGUGUCGAAAAAGGUAGCAUCACUCAUGACUUUGCAACUGUCAUGGACCUUUGUCCUACGAUUCUCGAGAUGGCAGGCGUCACACAUCCAGCACCUUCCUACAAAGGACGCGAAAUUGUACACAUGAGGGGCCAAAGCAUGCUAUCUUUCAUCGAGGGACGGGUACACUCGACUCAUCCUGAAGACCACAUUACAGGCUGGGAGACUUGUGGUCGUGCAGCCGUCCGCUGUGGUGAUUGGAAGAUCGUCUUCAUCCCGAAACCCAAGGGCCCUGAGAAGUGGCAGCUAUACCAUCUCUCGAAAGAUCCUGGCGAGAUUCAUGAUCUAGCUGAACAAGAGCCUGAGCGUCUGACUCGCAUGAUCAAGAUGUGGGAUCAGUAUGUUCUAGAGACUGGUGUUGUUCCUCUGGCACCUGAGCUGGGUGCAUUCCUCGAAGCUACGGAGGCACAGAUGCCUGAGAAUGCAUGGAUGGAAUAUGAGUACUGGAAGGACGGGGCCAGAGAUGAGCCUGAGAAGUUCUUCAGGCAACCCCCGAGGUUUCAAAGGACUGUUCAACCUCUGUGA